CUUUCACUCACGGGUGUGAGCGGACGAAACAGACGCUCGCCACUCUUGACUUCAGUCUACACGCGAGGCUGACUCUUUUUGCAACCACAAGGGAAUAUAAAAGAAAUAGAUAAUGGAAAAGAUAGGACGUUUGAAUUGUUUGAAGGUAGUAUUAAUUUUCGGGACAAUUACGAGUGCAUUAUUUUUUUAAGUUGGAUUUAAACAUUUGCAAAUUAUUCCACUGCAGGUUUAGAGUUUUUUUUUUUUUUAUGAUUAGUGCAUUUUUUAUUUUUGUUUUUUGCGAAGAAGCCCAUGAUGGACAACUUGACCACAGACAACGUGACAGCGGGGAAUGACACGUCUUCGUCGCAGCACAAUCAAACCUUGGGUGUGUGGUGCGACUACGCGCUUGAAUACAAGGCAGUCAGUGUGUUUUUGGUGUCCCUUAUUUGCGGAGUAGGCAUGGUGGGCAACAUAAUGGUCAUCCUGGUGGUGCUGACCACUAAACACAUGCGAACUCCCACUAACUGCUAUCUGGUGAGUCUGGCUGCAGCCGACUUAAUGGUGCUUAUUGCUGCCGGGCUGCCAAACAUCACCGACGCUCUGCACGGACAUUGGGUGUAUGGAUACGUGGGCUGCCUGGGGAUCACUUAUUUCCAAUAUUUGGGAAUUAACGCGUCCUCUUGUUCCAUCACAGCAUUCACGGUGGAGCGAUACAUCGCGAUCUGUCAUCCCAUUAAAGCGCAGUUCCUAUGUACUUUAUCCCGAGCUAAGAAGAUCAUCAUUCUGGUGUGGGCGCUCACGUCAAUGUAUUGCAUAAUGUGGCUCUUUUUGUCAGACACCCAAACUUUGGUAUAUGACAACGUUGAGCUCAUCAGCUGCGCGUACAAAGUAUCCAGGAGUCAAUAUCUGCCCAUUUACUUCAUAGACUUUGCAGUGUUUUACGUGCUGCCCCUAAUGCUGGCCACAGUUCUGUAUGGACUUAUCGCCAGGAUACUUUUUCUAAACCCGUUGCCUGCGGAUGCUAAGGACAUCACCAGCAAGUGGAGGAGAGGAACUAGUAAAGGGGAAAGAAGGAUCAUCAGUGCAUGCUCCUCCAGCAGCAGCACUGCUGCAUCUCGCAGACAGGUAACCAAAAUGCUGGCUGUGGUAGUGAUCCUGUUCGCCUUACUUUGGAUGCCCUAUCGUACCUUAGUAGUGGUCAACUCCUUCUUGGACAAGGCCUACCUGGACAAUUGGUUCUUGCUCUUCUGUCGCCUCUGCAUCUACUUGAACAGUGCCAUCAACCCGAUCAUCUACAACGUCAUGUCUCAGAAGUUCCGCACAGCCUUUAAAAAGCUGUGUCACUGCAGGCCUCAGCACAAGGAGAAACCUAAUUCAUGCAGCGUGGCGCUCACCUACAGUGUCAUCAAGGAUACAUCUAAUGGAGAAAGUCCUGACCACUUCACUACAGAAAUGGAAGAACUAAACACACCAAGUGACCACUUAGUGCCCAUUGGACGCCCGCCAAUUGCCAAUCAGAUGUUGUUUGAGGAGCACUCCCUACUGGAGAAAGGUGCUCAAACCUAGAAAUCGACAAAUUGGCAACAAACACAGUUGGCAAAUUAAUUUAUAAUCGUAUGUGAUUUCAUUGCAUUAAUAUGUAAGUGUCCACUGUUUGAUUUAAAAUAACAAGAUGCACAAACAAGUUCAUUAUCAUUAUUUUUAAUAAUUUAUAUCACUUUAUUACAGAUACAAAAUGUUAUUUUUUCGGCACACACAACAAUGUAGAUCAACGCAACUGCUUCCAUUAUUUUCUUUUUGACUGACUGACCCAUGCUAAGGUAAUUACCCCCAAAACAUCACUACAGUGAACCCACACUAUUUUCAAUGGAAAGGGAUCAAGCCUUGCAGCUCAUUUCAACUUGGCCUAAGACGCCACAAGAUGACAACAAAACAAUAUUUUGCAUGAGACGAGGCUUUGGCCUGAACACAAAAACAGCAAAUGAAUGCUAAUUUUCUGUGAAUAAAAAAGGAUAGUUUCCUGAAAAAAAAAGUGCUAACAGGGUAAUGUGAAAUGUGUGUGUGUGUUUCCAAGUGUGUCUUUAAAAAUAGACAAAUAUGAAUAUGUAAAAAAUAUAUAUAUAAACAACUACUGUUAUGACAGAUGUUUCUUGAAGGUGUAAAUAAUGGAGUAUAAAAAUCCCCAAUAUGAAAAAACAUUACUAAACAUUCUAGAACUUCAUAAAUAUACAUCAUAAAUAUAUAUGAGUGGUACAUGGGCCACCAAAACGGAACUCUGGCUAACACUCAAAAAAGCUUAUCGUCAGACCCUGCAUUGGCAUCCUCUCUGUCCUCAAACUGUUUAAGCAAACUGUGGAAAAUAUCAGACUGUGUAAAUAUUAGACUCAGCAAAAAGUAACAUGAUGAUUGGUCUACCAUCAUGAAAUCACUUUGCUUACUUUGAGUGACCCCCAGACAAAGCCUUAAUUCAAAUGAAAGCAAUUGUGCAGCACUAUUUUUUUUGUCUCACUUGAACCAAAUAAAAUAAAAUGCAUUGUAGUGAAACAUAACUUUUGUGUAGGAAGCACCUGUAAAAAAUGGACAAGAAUGUCAUACAAAAAGCACAACAUAAAGCAUAAACAUAUAUUUCAUGUUACUUAAGAAUGAUUUUAAAAAAAAAAAACAGAAGGCAUUCUCAUUGUUCUGGUGUUUCCUUUCUUUAGAUACAUUGUUUUGAUUGUGUCAGUGGAAAUAUUUGCAUGUCGUAAAAUAGGAACUUAGGGUUCAACUUUACAUAGAAAUUCCGACUAUCCUUUUGUAACAACAUGGUAAAGGUAGUAAAUGAAAAUGAGAGAAAAUAGUUAUGUCACCCUUUGGUGCAGACAGAGCUGCUGUCACAUGAUACACUGAGAUAACAGUUGUGGGAGUAUUUCAAACACAUUGCAGAGGCCAGCACUUCUCCGUGAUAUACAUGCUCAGCAAACCAAGGACUGGAUAUGUAAAUAGAUCUUGACAAAGUGCCACACUAAAGUAAACCGGUCGCAGCCUUUACUAGAUCUAUACUGCAUAGUUUGCUGUGCUCCAUCAGAAGGCACAAAAGCACUCAAGACAGAAUGAAUGCUGUGUGUUUUGAAUAUAAAGUGAUGUUUUGUUCUUAGUGCAUACUGUAAAGGUACUUAAAAUUUAGUUGUGAGGUAUAAUGUGGAAUUAAUUCAGUGUUGUGUUCUUCAAACAUGAGCUACUGAGUGCAUUUUGGGGAAAAUAAUAGCUUGAGCCAUUCUGCUAGUGUGUCUGCCGUUGUUUCAUGCCAGUCGGUGGAAGGCUAAAACUGCAUUGUUGGAGCCUUCGGUAUAAAGUAACUCUCAAUUUCUGCACUUGUAGUCAUGUUUCCCUGUUUUCUGUCGAAUCUGCUCUUUUGGAUAUGUCUUGUGAUGCACCUUUUUCAGCAUGAGCCUAUUUUGAUUUUGGUCUCAAAAUAGCUUCUUGUGCUCUUGCUAAUUGAUUAAAUGUCUUUAUUGUUUCUUGUAUUGUUGAAAAUGUAAUAAACAAAGACA